AUGAGCGCCGACAAGAUGGACGUCGAAAUGGCGGAGCAGAGGAUGAACUCGCUCGAGCACAGCGAGCAGCACUACUUCAAGAGCUACGACCACCACGCUAACCCCGAGUCUCCCCCUCGAAAAGGCAUACACGAGGAAAUGCUGAAAGAUGAGGUCCGCACGCGGUCGUACAUGAAUGCCAUCGUCCAGAACAAGCACAUUUUCAAGGACAAGGUCGUCCUCGACGUCGGAUGCGGUACCGCCAUCCUGUCCAUGUUCGCCGCCAAGGCCGGCGCAAAGCACGUCAUCGGCGUCGACAUGUCCUCCAUCAUCUUCAAGGCCCGCGAGAUCGUCAAGACCAACGGCCUGUCCGACAAGAUCACCCUCAUCCAGGGCAAGAUGGAGGAGGUCAAGCUGCCCUUUCCCAAGGUCGACAUCAUCAUCUCGGAGUGGAUGGGCUAUUUCCUGCUCUACGAAUCCAUGCUCGACACCGUCCUCUACGCCCGUGAUACCUACCUCGAGAAGGACGGCUUGAUCUUCCCCGACAAGGCCACCAUCUUCUUUGCCGGCAUCGAGGACGGCGACUACAAGGAGGAGAAGAUCGGAUUCUGGGAUAACGUCUACGGCUUCGACUACACCCCCCUUAAGGAGACGGCCCUCUCGGAGCCUCUCGUCGACACCGUCGACCUCAAGACCGUCGUCACCGACCCCACUCCCGUCCUCACCCUUGAUCUCUACACGUGCACCGUCGCCGACCUGGCCUUCACCACCAACUUCAAGCUCUCCGUCAAGCGCGACGACUUCAUCCACGCCCUCGUCUCGUGGUUCGACAUUGACUUUACUGCCUGCCACAAGCCCAUCCGCUUCUCCACCGGCCCCCACACCAAAUACACGCACUGGAAGCAGACCGUCUUCUACUUCAAGGAUGUCCUGACCGUCCAGGAGGGCGAGGAGGUCGAGUGCAAGCUCCUCGUCAAGCCCAACACCAAAAACCGCCGAGAUCUCGACAUCGAGGUCGAGUACGAGUUCGAGACGGGCGACGCCACCCGGACCGCUCGGGGCAAGUGUGACUACCGCAUGUGCUGA